AUGCCGCUCGCUCUAAUGCAGUUAUGUGAAUCUUCGUUCGAUAACGCCACGUGCUACUUUGGUGACCUCCACCAGUCCUUCCUGCUCUUCGCGAUCAUGAUCGGCGUAGUCCAGGGCCGCCUGGCCUCGGGCUUCCUGUUCGCCGUUGCCGCGGACCCUUUGAUGAGGGAUUUCGCCCGCUCGGCGGGCGCCGCGAAGUUUCGCAUAGUCCGCGCCUGCGAUGGCGACGUCGGCGCCGCCGUCGCCUCCAUUUCCACGCUGAAGGUCAUGGGGCGUGUCUUCAGAGUUGCUGAACGAGUUGCUGCACUGGCAUUGAAGGUGGCCAAGUGCCACAUUGUUCGUUUGGCAGGCGCAUUCAGUGACGAGCUGGCAGCAGAGUGCCGAUCGUGGCUGUCUUUGAACAUUCCGGAAUGGCAGAAUGUCAUGGUCGCCCCGUCGCUCGCGUACCUCGGAAUGUGGUUGGGCCCGCUAGUUCUUCUUGAAUGCUGGCCCGCUCCGAUGCGCAAGUGGCAGCAGCGUUGUCAACUUCUCGCCCUGAGUGUCUCUCCGCAUCAAGUGAUGGCGCUCAAUUGCAGUACCCGCGUCAUGUCUGUGCUCAGCUACGUUGCGCAAUUCAUGCCCAUGCCCAGUGAUGCCCCGCCCCAAGAGGCAGCCGUGCUGGCUCGGCUGCGGCACGCAGCCCACUGCGCCAUCCCCCGCGGGGGCCGGUUUAACUUCUGGCGCUGGAAUGGCCAGCUGUCUCCUGAUUUCCGGCGCCAGCCGUCCUUCGCCGAAUUCCUCGAGGUUGCCGCCGAGAAGUUUCCCCCCAAGACGGACCAGGUCCAGGCCGUCCUCCUGAAGGCUACGCCAGUGACCGCUGGCGCUGUCCUCAAGUUACUCAUCCGUGGCUGGACCACGGAAGAACGCUUCAACAAGAGUUGCGCGUGCCUGCUCGGCCACGGCUCGGAGCUGAGGUACAAGACUGAGGGGGUGCUUGGACUCUACCACGGCGGGCACAUCUACCUGUUGCACCAGGUCUGCAGGAGCGGCCUCCGCUGGGCGACGGACCGCUGCCUGGGCGCGCUGGAGCGGCACGGGCUGCUCGGCCUCGGGAUCCCGCCGCCCGAGAGCGCGCCCUUGGCGCCGCCGGAGGCGGCCGCCGCACCCGCGGAGAAGUCCUCGGCCGAGGAGGCGCGGGAGAGGCUCCGGUACCGCGUCAGGACAGCCGCCAAGUACGUGAUAGAUGCGGCGUGCUACCCGAUCCUCCUCACGUCCACUCGCGGCGUCGUCCUGCGGGCGGACCCGAGCAGCACCUGGGAGCGCGUCUGCUUCUGGUGCAGCCUGGAGGGCGCGCAGUCCCUCUUCCGGGGCGUGACCGCCUCGCUGGCGUCGGCGGGCUGCGACGAGGCCAUGGAGAUGGCCCUCAGCUCGUGCAUGGACGCGUGCACGUCCGCCGCCGGCGCGGAGCUGGAGAUGACAGACAGGUUGAUGCUAGGGGCGACUGCCCAGUCGGUGCUCAGCUUCUUCACCGCGCCCAUCAACAUGGUCGGGGUCAUCCAGAGGUGUCAGUCCAGCCUGAUACCCGGCCUGCCCGAGCCGAGGGACCUGUGGGAGACGGUGAGGGGCUUGCCGUGGCGAAGCUUCUGCUACCAGCUGCUGGUUUUCAGCGGGGUGCUCGCCCUGCAGAUCAGGCUGGUGCAGAUGAAAAUGGAGGACGGCUUCGCCAUUCAGGACCGCGAGGACGACCGGGAGGAGUGA